AAAAACUGAAUGUCAAAUGAUUUUUCUGCAUGCAUUUUGACGUAGAGUGAAGAAAUUUUUUUCUUUCUGGUAUUUUACUAAGAACUCUAUAUUUUCAUUCAGUACAUUUUUAACUUCACGGAACGUUUUUCCAAAAAUCAAGAUAAUCAAGUAUGCGUUUCAAAAAUAUGCUAAUUCUAUUGACUAUUCUUAUCCAAUUUGCUGCAACAAAGAUUGUUCCUGGCAACGGAACAUUUAUGUUUAAUGGGAUUUUCCCAGAGAUAACAGAAGAAGAAUCCAAUACACAGUCAGGAUUAAUGAUGAUAGAAGCAAUGAAGUACGCAAUAAAAACGAUUAACGAAGAUCCCAGCCUUCUCCACGGCUACAAGCUAGACAUCAAAAACAUAUAUACCGUGAAUCAAAUAAAUGACGUGCGACAAAAAAUUUUAACAACCUUUAAAGAAAAGGUACCAUUUUUAAUUGGUCCAUAUUCUUCUGAAACAUCUUACAUUGGAAGCAUUUUAACCGGUACGUUCAGUCAAAUAACAAUCAGCUAUGGCGCAACAUACAGCGAUUUUGACACUAAUGAUCAUACCCAUGAAUAUAUGCUUAGAACAGUUCCUUCAGAUAAAUUCCGCAUUCAGGUAGCAUUGGAUCUCGUUAAGAAUCUCAAAUGGAAUUACUUAGCAGUGAUCAGUUCUUAUAGUUAUGAUGGAGAAAGUGAUGCAAGACAUUUUAUUGCUAAGUUACCUACAAUUGGUGUUUGUUUAGCUGAAAAAAUUGAUUUACCAAAUAGUCCAACACUAAAGCAAUAUGAAAAGACAAUGGAUGCAUUAAUAACAGACAAAGAAAAGCGAUUAAAAGGAGUUAUUUUGUUUACAAACAAGAAAGACACACAAGAAAUUUUUUCAAUAAUAAAAAAACAACUUAUGUAUAAAAGGUUUGUGUUUAUUUGCAUUUAUGGUUGCACAAACUAUGCUGAAAUUAUUGAAGGAGCAGAAGAUAUUUUAAAUGGUACAUUAAGCAUUGAUAUUGCAUACAAAGAAAUGCCAGGAUUUGAAGCGUAUUUUACUAAUCUUGAAAUAACAGAAAAUUCAGAUUCAUAUUUUAAGAAAGCUUGGCAAAGAGUAUUCAACUGCUCCUUAUCUGGAGAUGAUUUUAGGAGAAAAAAAUGCACAGGAAAAGAAAAAUUUUCACGUGGUGUAGGAUACUAUCCUAACACUCCUGUUCAGACAGUUAUGGAUGCAGUGUAUGCUGUAGCUGAUGCAAUACAUGUAUAUCUAAGCUAUGUGUGUCAAGAUACUAUGAUUUGGAUGCAAGGUAAAGAUAGUUGUGUACUUGAUACUGAAGACCGCAAGAUGUAUUCUAGUCAUGUUUAUCAAAUGCUUGUAAGAAUGUCAUAUACAGAUGGCACACUUGAAGAUUUUAAAGUACCUUACAGCCGAAUUCCUGAAACUGUUGAGUAUGAUAUUCAUCAACUAAUAUUCAACAAUGGAAGCUCCAAAAAUAUACUGAGAGCAAGUUGGUCCCUUAACAGACCUGAACUGCAUUUAUUUCCAGAUGAAGUACUUUUAGGCAGUAAACCAGAGUUUGACUUAAAAUACAAUAAUGAAACAGAUUUAGCACCAAUCAUAACUUGUAGUGAUGAGUGUCCUCCUGGAUACAUUAGGAUAAAUGAUUUAAACUUGGAAAAAGAAAAGUGUUGUUGGAGUUGCAAAAGGUGCCCUUGGAACAGCAUAUCUGUUAACAAUACAUGUGUAAAAUGUAAAUAUACUGAAAAUGUUGAUUUUGAAAAAAAUUUAUGUAAAACACUUCCAGAAAUUCAUCUUUAUAUUGGAGGACAAAACUUACUACUCAUACUACUGCUGUUCUCUAUUAUUGGUAUUUGUUUGCUUCUAUUUUUCACAACUUUGUUUAUUUACCACAUCCGUAGUAAAAUAAUGAAGCGAUGCGGAAAAGACUUAUUCUUUCUUAUCUUAUUGGGAAUAGGGAUGCUAUUUUUAUGCCCCAUUCCAUUUAUGGUAUAUCCAUCAAUGUUAGUAUGUAUAUUUAGAGGUGCUCUUCCUGGAAUGGCUUUUCUCAUUUGCUAUGCACCUCUAUUUCUUCGAAUAAGUCGAAUUUAUAGAAUAUUUAUUUAUGCAAAACAAUCUGUGUACAGUCCUGUACUUAUCAGUGUGCAAUCACAUGUGAUUGCAGUUUUAGCAAUAAUAUGUGUGCAAAUGAUAGUAGCUGGUAUUUGGUUCACAGAAAAAACACCAAUGGCUUCAUUCAUUUUAACAGAAAAGGGUGAUUACAUUUCAUUUCAGUGUUCUGGUAAUGAAAGUCCAGUAUCUAUGUUCAUCAAUUUAACAUUAAGCUUCAUUUUUAUGGUAUCAUGCACAAUACUUGCUUUCAAAACACGGCAUUUUCCAAAAAAUUAUAAUGAAGCCAAAUUUAUUGGGGUUACACUAUACAUUACAUGCGUACUCUGGGCAGUGUUCUUACCCACUUAUUAUUUGACAACAGGUAAAGGUAUUUUUUUGCGAGAAUAUCUUCUCAGCACAUUGUGUAUUACUAUUGGAUUUGUUAACUUAUUUGGUUUGUUUGGUCAAAAAGUGCGGCUUUUAAUGUUUCCAAGGAAUCAAGAUCAAGACGCUAACAACCCAAAAACAUGGUCAAUUAGUCAUUCAAACGAAUCACAACUGCUAGAAUCAAAAACAGGAAAUGCUAAACUAUAAAAAUCUUUGUGUUUUUAACAUAAAUCUAUAAAAAAAUAUAAUUAUCUAUUAUCAUUAUUAUAUAAUUAAUAGAUUUAGAGUAAAUGUAGUUUAGUAUAGAUUUAGUAAACAUUUUUAAAAUAAUAAACUUUCACCAUUUUUAAUACAAAAGUACUGUAUACUAAAAAUUUUAUAACAAUAAAAAUGUAAUUGUACAAAAUAGUUUAAAUGUAAUUUUGCAUAUUGGUAAUAUUUAAUAAAAAAAACCAAGUUAUGCAGUUAUAUAUUCUAUAACAGUUUUUUUUUUAAAAGUAUUUCCAUGUUAGUAAUAAUGCACCAUACACCACACUUAUACUAAACUUGUGCAUUCUGUUGAAUUCUGUUUGAAUUAGCUGAAUGCCUUUUAUAAUUAUAGAACAGUAAUGAAGGGUGUUUAGAAAAGUAAUGAAGGGUGUUUAAAAAAGUAAUAAAGAGUGUUUAGAAAAGUAAAGGAGUAAAUAAAAAAUUCAGUGGGAUUUCAAUUCUCUUUAUAAAAUUAGGAAACUCAGGUUUAAAAUUUUUAUUUGCAACCCAAAAACAUUUAUAUGCAGUGUAUUACUUUGGAAAAUAUUUUUUAUUUUAUUAUGAAAAAGAUUAUAUUUAUAUGAAAAUUACUGCAAUGAAAAAAAUUAGAGUAAUUAUGAGAGCAUUUUUAACUAUUUUAAUUUGUCGGUAAAACACAUUAUGUUCAUUUAUUGAAGAGAAAAAAAAUUGGUAAAACAUA